CAGCAAGAUGAAUGCUUUCAAUGAUUCAUACCCAGAAUCAAUCCACAACAAAAGUUGACAAAAAUGAUCAUGCCUAAUCUUGGCAAUCGAGAGAUUAUGGCAUCCAACUGGGUCAACUUGAAAGACAAAAAGAUGCGAUUUUUAACCUUUGUGGAUCGAAGGACCAGUCGUAGAAUGCCUCCAUCACCGAUCCGGCCACCGUCAUUUUGGUCUUUCGCCAUUAUGAUUCACCACUCCAGCUGCGAUCGGCCCCGUCCGCAGAAGAGCGAUGGAAUUCAAGGAAGUUACCCGAGCCCAUUUACGCUUACACCACGACGGGCCAUUGGGUCCACAGGUCUACUGAGCGCAACCCACUUUAAACGUCGUACGUCCGAGCAUUUGUCCGAAGCGGAGUUUGAAAUUUCAACGCGAGAAUCUCCCUGUCGCCGCUGAAGCUGAGCUCCAGAGCCAUGAGCCUGCUCCUCAGGGUGCGCAGCACUGUUGCGUCUCUUCAUCGCUUCUCCAGAGCCCUCUCGAGCGUUUCGGUUUCAGAGCACAAACUGGCGGAACCUGUGCUCGAGACAGAUCUGUGCUCAAUUCACCCGGCUGCGGUCGUCCACCCAAACGCCGUUAUCGGCCAGGGUGUUUCAAUCGGUCCUUUUUGCACCGUGGGGGCUUCAGCUAAGCUCGGCAACCAAUGUCGGUUAUACCCGGGAAGCCAUGUUUUCGGCAACACUGUCUUGGGUGAACAUUGUGUGCUCUUGACUGGUGCUGUGGUUGGUGAUGAUCUUCCGGGGCAAACAGUAAUUGGAUGCAAUAACACAAUUGGUUAUCAUGCUGUGGUUGGUGUGAAAUGCCAAGACUUGAAGUACAAGACAGGGGAUGGAUGUUUCCUUCACAUUGGGGACAACAAUGAGAUCAGAGAAUAUGCCUCCAUCCACCGAUCUUCAAAAUCAAGUGAUAGAACUGUAAUUGGCAAUAACAAUCUUAUCAUGGGGUCUUGUCACAUUGCACAUGAUUGCAAAAUUGGGAACAAUAACAUCUUUGCAAAUAACACUCUUUUGGCAGGCCAUGUAGUAGUAGAGGAUUAUGUUCGUACGGCAGGCGCCAUAGUAAUUCAUCAGUUCUGCCAUGUCGGCUCCUUUGCUUUCAUUGGUGGUGGUUCUGCGAUUUCACAAGAUGUACCCAAAUACAUGAUGGUGACAGGAGAAAGAGCUGAACUUCGGGGUUUAAAUCUUGAAGGUCUUCGGCGACAUGGAUUCACAACCCCAGAGAUGAGGAGCCUAAGGACAGCUUACCAGAGGAUAUUCAUGCCAUCAGAUGCCAGUUCUGGGGGUUUCGAGGAACGUCUUGCUGAAGUGGAACAAAAUGAAGUAUUGGCACAAGUUUCUUCUGUACGGUCUAUGGUGCAGUCCAUUCGUGAUUGUUUUGCUGAAAAUCGCCGUGGAAUAUGCAAGUUCAGGCACUGGAAUGGCUGAUUAGCUAUGUUACAGUUGGCUUCAUAGUGAUCAUUUGUGAAGCAGUCGCCAUGAGGAGCAAGAGAACCCUCGAUUUUGGCUGGAACUGAGCCCACAGCAUUGGGUGAAUCGUGUAAUAGGACUCGAGAGUAAGUUUCUUCAACUUUGUAGCGAGUCUUUACAUUCUUUCUCACAUCUGCUCAACCCUAAGGUGCAGUCAGUCUGCGAAGCAAGACAUGAAGUUAAGUUCCUGCCAAAGAGGAAUUAGCUGGAAUUAUCAUGAGCAAAUGGACUUGAACUCGUACAGCAACUUCAUUUUUUGUACUCAGUCUCUUAAAAUUCAUUGCCUAUUAUUAUACAUUCAACUCUCUCCUCUAUGCUCUCUGUUCUUUUUAACAUUUGAGGCGUGACCUGCCGUUUCCAGGAAUAAUGCUAGAAACUGUCCUGUACACACACACACACAUACAUACAGAUGUUUUGCUAUCAGCAUGGCUAUUGUUUAUCAUGUGUCGACCUCAGCUAUGACAUGCCUUGAAAAGGCAAGCUUUUUUCUCUCC